CCCAGUGCUGGCUCCAGAUCCCUCCCACUUUGGACCUACAAAACCUUCAGCUCAGAGAGCUGUUCUGCACUCACCAUACCGCACCCACUCUAAGCCACAGCACGCAGAGGUGUACCCCAGAGAGGAACAAGAUCCAGAGAGGCCAGGGAAGGAGGCCACACUCUGGCCCCUGACACGGCAUCAUGGAGCUGAUGCAGGACACCCCCCGCCUGCCGCUGGAGUAUGUGAAGGGGAUCCCUCUCAUCAAGUACUUUGCAGAUGCACUGGGGCCACUGCAGAACUUCCAAGCCCAGCCUGAUGACCUGCUCAUCAGCACCUACCCCAAAUCAGGUACCACCUGGGUGAGCGAGAUCCUGGACCUGAUCUACCAGGGUGGUGACCUGAAGAAGUGUCAGAGAGCCCCCAUCUUCAUCCGGGUGCCUUUCCUUGAGUUCAAGGUCCCUGGGGUGCCCACAGGUCUUGAGGUUCUGAAUGAUACACCAGCCCCACGGCUCCUCAAGACACACUUGCCCCUGGCCCUGCUCCCCCAGACCCUACUGGAUCAGAAGGUCAAGAUGGUCUAUGUCGCCCGCAACGCAAAGGAUGUGGCUGUCUCCUACUACCACUUCUACCGCAUGGCCAAGGUGCAUCCUGACCCUGGCACCUGGGAAGACUUCCUGGAGAAGUUCAUGGCUGGGGAAGUGUCCUACGGGUCCUGGUACCAGCACGUGCAGGAGUGGUGGGAGCUCAGUCACACCCACCCUGUUCUCUACCUCUUCUACGAGGACAUACAGGAGAACCCCAAAAGGGAGAUCCAGAAGAUCCUGGAGUUUCUGGGGCGCUCCCUGCCAGAUGAGACUGUGGAUCACAUCGUCCAGCAUACGUCUUUCAAGGAGAUGAAGAAGAACACCAUGGCCAACUACACCACCAUACCCACUGAGGUCAUGGACCACAACAUCUCCGCCUUCAUGAGGAAAGGCAUUGCUGGGGACUGGAAAACCAUGUUCACCGUGGCCCAGAAUGAGUGCUUUGAAGCCGACUAUGCCAAGAAGAUGGCAGGCUGCAACCUCCACUUCCGCUCGGAGCUGUGAGUGGUGCGCAUCAGGAAGGGUGUGAAACAAGCCCAACCGUGGCCUUGAGAAUAAAAUCUGAUGUGUGUUAAA